UUGUAGGCUUGAAUGUGCAUUCCAAUGGACAUCAGGAGUUGGGAUAUAUUAGCCAACGCUUUACCAUUUAUUCUGUAAGCAUUUUACACCAUAAUUAAUUCCUUUCAUUUCAUUUGUUUAUCUUAAUGAGGAUAAACUCUCAGACUUUCUUGAACUGUUUAGAAAAAAAUCCCCUUUAUUUCAAUGUUUUAGAGGUGUAAAAAUUAGAUGAAUCCUGUUCUUUGAUAAAAGAACAAUAAAAUAGGUGUGUUUUUUUCUUCCACAUGUUAAAUUUGCUUUAAUUAUAGGUUUAAUUACAUAUUGAGUAACAUUUUUACAAAACGGGGUUGUUAAUUUAAAUAAACAGGUUCCUACCCGGUCCUUAUAGUGAAUGGAACCGGAAGUGUGCUGGGAAACCGUUCCGUUUCUGUUUUCAUUCCGCGGUUCUCCGUCAUGAAGGAGGUGAAAAUGGCUCCUCCGGUGGACCUCGGGGCUCUGCUUCGGGCGGAGCCGCAGGAGGACGCUUCUCACCGGGAGGACGGGCUGUGUGUGGUCGGUGUGUUCGGAAAGAGCAGCACCCAGACCGGGCCUCUGAAGGAGGCGCUCAUCAACACGCUGGCGGACAAACACAUCUUUUCUCUGUUCGGGUCGGAGGAGGGCGACUCAUCGGACAGCCACGUCCAGGCUCUCUACGACCAGGAGAACCGGGUCCUGUACCUGCUGCUGUCCUCCGUCUGCGACAGCCGGCAGCUGCUGCGGGCCUGCCGGUCCCUGAGCGCCGGGAUCAGCCACGCCGACGCCCACGACUUGUGGAAGGGCCUGGACCGCCAGCACUGCCUGCACCUGCUCUACAUGUUCUCCGUGUGCCACGUCCUGCUGCUGGUCCACCCCAGCCAGACCUUCGAUGUGACCUACGAUCGGCUGUUCCGGGCCCUGGACGCCCUGCGGCAGAAGGUCCUGCCACUGAUCCGGGCUGCCAUCAAAGACUGCGCGGUGUCCAAAGAGUGGAAGCUGAACUGCAGGCCGUGUCCUCCGCGGCUGCUGUUUGUCUUCCAGAUGAAUGCGACUCUGAAGGUCCCUGGGAACGGCUCAGACUCUGGAGGAAACCCCGAAAAGCCCAAGAAGCAUUCCCCGAGGAGGCGUCUGCAGCACGCUCUGGAGGACCAGAUCUACCGGAUCUUCCGUAAAAGCCGAGUCCUCACCAACCAAAGCAGCAACUGUCUGUUCACGGUGCCUGCCAACCAGGCCUUCGUCUACGUGAUCCCGGCAGCAGAUCACGACCCGGUCGGCGCUUUGCUUGGCCAGCUGCGGUCCAACUGCAUCUUGUCGGAUCAGGACUCCGCCCCGGUCCUCACCGGGCCAAGGAGGUACCAGCAGAUGCGUAGGUCAGCUCGGCAGCCCAGCGGCAGCAGGGAGUCCGGCGGCCCGAUGGGUGGCCAGCUGGUGGACUGCAGCCUGAAGGAAUUCCUCUGGCAGCACGUCGAGCUGGUUCUGACCAAGAAGGGCUUCGACGACAGCGUCGGCCGUAACCCUCAACCUUCCCACUUUGAGCUGCCGACCUUCACCAAAUGGGUCCAGUUGGCUUCCCGACUCUACCAGGUCUUGAUCUCCAACACCGACGAGGAGCUGGCCGAGCUGGCCACCAAGGUCCAAAGCCAGGCGAAGGUCUUGGAUGGCUUUCUCGACGCCGACACAAAGUUCUCAGAAAACCGGUGUCAGAAAGCUCUGCCUCUGGCCCACAGCGCCUACCAGUCCAACCUCCCUCACAACUACACCACCACGGUCCACAAGAACCAGCUGGCGCAGGCGCUGCGGGUGUACAGCCAGCACGCUCGAGGUGUGGCCUUCCAACGCUAUGCAGUGCAGCUUCACGAAGACUGCUACAAGUUCUGGAGCAACGGGCACCAGCUGUGUGAGGAGCGCAGCCUGACGGACCAACACUGUGUGCACAAGUUCCACCUGCUGCCUCAGCCAGGUGAGAAGCCGGACCUGGACCACAACCCGCCCAUCAUGAACCACAACAGCAGGGGGCGCUCCACCAGUGCCUGUAACUGCGGCAGGAAGCAGGCACCUCGAGACGAUCCCUUUGACAUCCAGGCUGCCAACCACGACUUCUACCAGAACCUGGAGGAGAAAUGUUGUGGGAAGCUGGAGCGGAUCGACUUCCCGGUCUUCCAGCCCAGCACUCUGGACCCGGCGCCGGCCUCGGACCGGGCCCAGCGGCCGCCGUCAGAGACCUCGGCUGACGGGGAGCGGCCGAAGGAGCAGAGCGCGGCUCACAGCCACACGCCCGGCGAUGCCAGCCUCAGCCUGGCGCUCAGCCUGGGCCAGUCCACCGACAGCCUGGGGGCGUACGCGGACGCAGAUGCGGCCGACGGCCCGGUCCAACCCAAGAGGCCAAGCCUCGUGGACCGCCAGCCGUCCACCGUGGAGUACCUGCCAGGAAUGACGCACUCCGCCUGUCCCAAAGGUCUCCUCCCAAAGUUCUCCAGCUGGUCUUUGCUCAAACUGGGACCAGCAAAGUCCUACAACUGUCACACUGGUCUGGAGCAGCCGGGCUUCCUGCCGGGCUCCUCCUUCCUGCUGCCGUGGGACUUGGUGAUCCGCUCCCGCUCAGAGGAGGACGCUGGCCCCGCGGAGCCUCUAGACGGAGGGACGGCGUCCUGGCCGGCGCCCAACAAGAACCCGGUGGGGAAGCGCGGUGGCGCCGGGCCGGGCCGGAGCCGCCGGAGGGAUGACGCGGCGCGGGCCUUCGUGGGGUUCGAGUAUGAAGACGGCCGGGGCCGGCGCUUCAUCAGCAGUGGACCCGACAAAAUCGUUAAGGCGCUGGGGCCAGGCGGCGCCAAAGAUCCAGCCAGCAGGGUGCUGAACGCCGACAUGCCGCUCUACGUCCCGUCGCCCGCCCAGGGCCGCGGCCUGAAGCCGCACUUCGCUCAGCUGGCUCGGCUUUUCGUUGUGGUGCCUGACGCGCCACUGGAGAUUACCCUGAACCCCCAGGUGCAGCCCGGCCCUCCUCCCUGCCCGAUCUUCCACCCUGAGCAGACGGAGGUGACGCUGUUGAACGACGGCUUCUGGGUUCUGCGCUUUCCGUAUUCCUACGCCACCGAGCGCGGGCCCUGCUUCCCCCCAAAAGAGAACCACCCGCUGAGCCACUACAAGGUGCUGCGAGGCAUCCUGCGGGCGACCACGGCCAACCCGCCGCAGUGACCCUCGGCGACCCGCGGCGCUGUCGCACGGCCAACCAGGUGCCAGAAUCCAGUCUGGGAUUUUAAGACGCACACAGGAGUUUAUGGGUUCAUUUCUGAAGAAUGGAAGCAUCAUCAUUUAAACAUAUAGCUAUCAUGACCAAAUGGCAUUUAGGGCGUCUCUUAAUGCUGCAGUGAUUUCUAAAGCAAAGCUGA